AUGGGGCUCACUGUGCUCAGCGUGCUGUCCUUAUUCUUGCUGAAUAUUACCCUCUGCUGUGGAGACGCUCAAGAUGCUGAGCUGAGCCUUAAACCAAACGUGUCCCAUUUAUUUGCUGGAGAGUCUGUAACCUUCUUCUGUGACAUGAGAGAGGGAAAUGCCACUGACUGGCUUUACAAAUUCAACUGGAAUGCUCAAGAAAUGGUCCACUUUAGUAAAAGUAGAUCCUACUUACUUUACCUGACAGCAGAGCUGAGUGGGAAUUAUCAAUGUAUUGGUCGCCACAAUGGCUUGAAAGAUUUUACAAAACGGAGUAAUAACCUGACUCUGUCCAUAUCAGCACUCAGACCCACGGCGACUAUAACAGCAGACAGGACAACUAUUCCAGUGGGGGGCUCGGUGACACUGUCCUGCUCUGUUCAGGGCUCUGCUGGCUGGACAUAUGAUUGGUUCAGACAAGUACCAGAUUCUCGUGAAGUAGCAAUUAAUACGAACAGUUUGCAGAACUUCAUUAAUGUCUCAGACGAAGGCAUCUAUCGGUGCAGAGGAAGAAGAGGAAACCCAGUUUUCUUCACAAACCUCAGCAAAGUGUAUCACAUUCAGAAAACAUUGUCCAACAGGGCCUUUGUGACUCUGCAACAGAACUGGACUCAGAUAUUCAGCGGUGAGAUGAUCACCAUCAAGUGUGAGAUCCAAGGAGGAGAAAACACUGAGUGGCAGUAUGAAUGGAGAACAACAAGCUCAAAAACACCUCCCACACACAGUGAAUACAACAUCAGCAGUGCUUCAUUUUCCUACAACGGGCAAUAUUGGUGUAAGGGUAGAAGAGACUUGUUCUUCUCAACAGUUUGGAGUGAUGCUUUUACACUAAAUGUCUCAAACAAACCCAGACCCACAAUUACUGCUGAAAGAAGAACUAUACCAGCUGGAGGCAAUGUAACACUCAGCUGCUCUGUGGGGAGCUACAAUGAGUGGAAAUACUUCUGGUUCAGACGUGCCUCAGUCUUUUCAGAAAUUCAGGUGAUUAGAAACAAAGAACCAGAUCAAAUGAUCACUGUCACACAGGGAGGUAUCUACUACUGCAAGGGAGGGAGAGGAAACCCAGUUUUCUUCACAGAGGACAGUCAUUCAAUUACUAUUGAAAAAAGAGUUUCCAACAAAGCAGUUGUGUCCCUGGAUCCCAGCUGGCCUCUGAUAUUCAGUGGCGAGAAGAUCACUGUUAGAUGUCAGAUUUCUUUAGGUGGAAGCACUGAGUGGGAGUAUGAGUGGAGCAAACCCGACUCAAGCACAGUUCUUGCAAAUGAUGCAUACUUAAAUCUUAAUGCAUCUGUGAUCAGCAGUGGAAGCUACAGGUGUAUGGGUAAAAACAAACAGGAGCUGUAUUCUGUGACAGAGUGGAGUGAUGUCAUCACACUGACAGUCUCUGGAAACAGACCAAAGGCCAGCAUCAGUGCUGACAACAGAGUCUUUCCAGAAGGUGAUACAGUCACCCUGACCUGCUCUGUGACACCAUCUACUACUGGUUGGAGUUACUACUGGUACAGAGGCAAGAAAACCUCAGAACCACUGACGAUGGCAGAAGUUGUUCUCCACUCUGAUGGACAAAUCGGUGUAUCACAGGAAGGAGACUAUUGGUGCAGAGGAGGACGAGGCAACCCAUUUUACUACACAGACUACAGUGAUGUGAUCAGUAUUAAAAAAACUGUUAGAAACAGGCCUGCUGUGACUCUGCAUCCAAACUGGCCUGAGGUAUACAGCGGAGAGACAAUCACUUUGAAAUGUGAGAUCCCAGGAGAAGACACUGAGUGGGAUUAUGAGUGGGCAACAAGCAGCUCACAUCAACCUCCAAACCAAAAUGAAUACAAGAUUAACUCUGUUUUUACAUCACACCAUGGGCACUACUGGUGUAAGGGCAGAAUGAGAAGUGCACAACAGAAUUCAACAAUGUGGAGUGCAUCCUUUGACCUAAAGAUAGUUUAUGAACGUCAUCCUGUCCUCACUGUGUCUCCAUCAUGGCUGAGUCCUGGAGCCUCAGUAACUCUGAACUGUGAUGUUGAACAUCCGUCUGCAGGAUGGAGCUUCUACUGGUAUAAAGUUAUUAAACAGGAGUCAGGCAUGUAUCACCCCUACCACUAUUACCCCUAUGACUAUUACUCCAGACACAGACACUGGAGACAUCAUAAUAGAAUUAAUCGCCUCUACAAGUAUGAAUUAUUACCUGGAAGCAUCAGUGGGACUGCACAGGACUCCUACAUCAUUCAUGGACAGACACACACAGCAGGAUAUGUGUGCAGAGCUGGAAGAGGAGACCCAGAGUAUCACACUGAUCACAGUCAACCAAAGUUUGUCUGGUCUGCAGAUUUAAAUUCAGCAGCCUCUCUCACAGUCAGUCCUAACAGAGUGCAGCACUUCAUUUAUGAUUCAGUAACUCUGAAUUGUUCCGGAAACUCUUCUCAGUGGAGAGUGAUGACAUUUACUCAGCACGGAUACCUGAGAAAAUGUGGAGACUUGGGGAUAAUGACUGAAUCCACGUGCAAUCUUCGCUGGUUCCAAGAUACUGUGUCCUGGUGUGAGUCUGAAUCAGGACAGUUCAGCAAUGGAAUCAACAUCACUGCAUCUUAUACUGAUGUGAUCCUGUUGAGCCCUGUCCAUCCAGUCAAUGAAGGGGACUCUGUUGCUCUUGGCUGCAAGUUGAGGACAGGAAACUUCAAUUCCACUGUUGCAUUCUACAAAAAUGGGAAACUAAUUCAAAAUGAUGACCGAGAAAAGCUAAAUAUUCCCGCAGUGUCAAAGUCUGAUGAAGGCUUCUACAAGUGUGACUAUUCAGGGCAUGAGUCACCAGAAAGUUGGAUGUCAGUAAAAGAUACUGAUGUGAUCCUGUUGAGCCCUGUCCAUCCAGUCAAUGAAGGGGACUCUGUUGCUCUUGGCUGCAAGUUGAGGACAGGAAACUUCAAUUCCACUGUUGCAUUCUACAAAAAUGGGAAACUAAUUCAAAAUGAUGACCGAGAAAAGCUAAAUAUUCCCGCAGUGUCAAAGUCUGAUGAAGGCUUCUACAAGUGUGACUAUUCAGGGCAUGAGUCACCAGAAAGUUGGAUGUCAGUAAAAGGAUCCAGAUCUUCACUUUCUGUCUCUCUAAUCACGGGGCUGGUUAGUGGUAUGUCACUGAUUCUCCUGCUGUCCCUGUUGCUCUGUUACCAGCCCAGUCUCAGGAAACCAGUCAGGCUGCUGCUGCAGUUCAAACUAUGA